UUUCGUAAUCCUUCUUGGAUUUUCGUUUGAGCGUUGAACGUUCGUUUUUUGUGUGAAACAGAAUUCCGUUUGUUAAAUUUGUGAAAAUGUCUGAUACUAGCGACCUAGAUAGACAAAUAGAGCAACUUCAAAGAUGUGAAAUUAUUAAAGAAAGCGAAGUAAAAGCUUUAUGCGCCAAAGCGCGUGAAAUUUUAGUCGAAGAAAGCAAUGUUCAGAGGGUGGAUUCACCGGUAACCGUCUGCGGAGAUAUUCACGGUCAGUUUUAUGAUUUAAAAGAGCUUUUUAAAGUCGGUGGGGAUGUUCCGAACACGAAUUAUCUAUUUCUCGGUGAUUUUGUGGACAGAGGUUUCUACAGUGUUGAGACGUUUUUACUUCUAUUGGCUUUGAAAGUCCGUUAUCCAGAUCGUAUUGUCCUGAUUCGAGGAAACCAUGAAAGUCGACAGAUCACCCAGGUUUAUGGUUUUUACGAUGAAUGUUUAAGAAAAUAUGGAUCAAUCACUGUUUGGCGCUAUUGUACUGAAAUUUUCGACUACUUAAGUUUGUCCGCGAUUAUCGAUGGAAAAAUCUUUUGCGUCCAUGGUGGGUUAUCUCCAUCAAUCCAAACGCUAGACCAGAUUCGUACUAUCGAUCGCAAACAAGAAGUACCACACGAUGGCCCAAUGUGCGAUCUACUAUGGUCAGAUCCAGAAGACACCACCGGGUGGGGUGUCAGUCCACGAGGAGCUGGAUAUCUUUUCGGAAGCGACGUUGUUUCGUUGUUUAAUCAAUCCAAUGAUAUUGAUAUGAUCUGCCGUGCUCAUCAGCUCGUAAUGGAAGGGUAUAAAUGGCAUUUCAACGAAACCGUUUUAACUGUCUGGUCGGCUCCGAACUACUGCUACCGCUGCGGAAACGUAGCUGCCAUUUUGGAACUUGACGAACAUUUACAGAAAGAAUUUACAAUAUUCGAAGCCGCACCACAAGAGGCAAGAGGAGUUCCGAUGAAGAAACCGCAAGCGGACUAUUUUCUCUGAGAUAAUAUUCUAUUGUUUUAGUCACUUGUUCAAAACUUUUAUCUCCUCAAGUCUCUGAUUGAGUACAUGGUGAAUCUAAUGGAAUAAUAACUUAUGGGUUUGUUCUUGAUUGCUAUUCUGAGUCUCUGUAUUCUAUUCUGCUGUUGUUUCACAAUAACUUCUAGUUGGUGUAGCGUAACAAUUUUUGCAAAUGACAUUCCUGACUUCUACCUGACCACGUCUUUCAAAAAUUACAUCACUACGACUUCACAGUGACGAAAUAAGGCCCACCAAAAUAUACGGAUGGUUGUCCAAAACGCGUUAACUAUUACCUGAAGUCUAGCAAUCUAUUUCGCUCAUCUCCGAAUAUGAUAGAGAUCACUGGUGUUAGUGAGUUCUUUAUAGUCAGCGCCGAUGCCAUUUUGGAACUAAUUUUUUACUGACGUAAUUUUUGAAUGACAUAGUCAGGUAGGGGUUAGGAAUAACAGAUGCAAAAAUGGUUAAGCCCACCAGAAGUACUUGUGAUACUAAACUACACCGACCCACUAUUCUGUUGUCGCCUGAUCAGUUUCCUUUUAUAUUCUUCAACUCACUAAUUGAGAAGAAGGUUAUCCUUGCGGAUUUGUGGCCUCAUUUAUUUUAGUAUACCAUGAUAUUCUUAUUUGACAGCUGCUAUGAAUUGUACUUCUUAAUAAACUGUGUGUCACAAUAAAUUUCAAUGAGUCUCGAAAUAUCAAUCCAUCAUUUUUCGAAAGGCACUUCUUAUCUGCCGAGUUUGAAAUGUGAAAUCUAGUUUGUUGAAUUAAUGUUGCGAAAAUUAUAAUUGUUUCUGUAUCUAAGAUGCUAUUUUUCUGUUUUAGUCAUAUGUUCAGAACUUUUUUAACUCCAUUUCUCAGUGAAGUCCCUGAAUAAUGUGAACUUGUGGUCCAGGGGUGUGCAACAUUUUUUGUUGGUGAUGGGAAGUUAAAGUUUAACAUUCCAUAUCCACCACCUCCUCCGGGAUGUAAUAAAUCUCUAUCAGUACUGAAAUAACCCAAAAAUAUUCCUUUCUUACAAAGGGGAACUUUUGUGGACAGUUUUAUCCUAGGAAAGGUACAUUUCAGUGUCCGCUUGUACAUGACCGUGUUCAGAGAGAAAGACAUAGAAAUCGCUGCGCAAAAUGAAGUCUCGAAUGGUCCCUUUUCAUGGAGGCCAUAAAUGUUUUUUCAUUCCUUGAAACUUUAUUUUCAAUUCUUACAUUAUUUUUUUGCUUGGAGAAUUCUUUUCAUGCUUGAGUGUUUUUGUGCUGUCAUUUCAAUUUGCUUUAGUGUUGUUGACCUCACAAUUUUCUUUUAUGAAAUUUAUUGUCGCUUCAUAAUCGCAGUGCUUUUUUUGUGAUGUGAUAAUAUAAUUUUAUGCUAUGCCCUCAAUGUUCAUAUCAAUCAGACCUAUUUGAACAGUUUAACAUGGCUGACUUGGCGGCUUUAACUCUAAAGGGCGGGACCCCCACUUAUAAUAAUACUCGAAGGCUUUAUAAGGAUCAACUGCGGAGGUUUUUGCGGCAUAAUAUUGAAUAAUUUAUGAUCUGUACCAGGACCAUAUUCUGCAGUAUCCUGCUCACUCGACUGUGAAGGAUUCUGCCACAAUUUCCCCUAAUUUAGGCCUGUUAUUUUAUGUAUUAUAAAGUGUAAUUUAUGCCAAUUAAAAAUUUGUAUGUUUUCUUUUAAAUAUAGA